CUGGGGUGGGGGCCUAGUGGCUUUGGGGCACAACUUCCCAUGGGGUUCAGAGAAGCUUUGUGAGUCAGUGUGGAGGCUGGGGGGGCCUCCCACAAGCCCUCCCCUGUCCCCAGGAGAUGAGGGACCUUGGCAAGAAGAAGGCACUGGGCCACGUGCAGAAGCCGCUGCAGGAAUCGGAGGUGGCGGAGGGGACCCUGUUCCAGGGGUUCAUGAAGUGCCUGUUAGAGGUGGAAGCGGAGGAGGCCACCCACCGGAAGACCUCGAAGGCCCGGAGGUCCUCCAGGACUCUGAUGCCCAUGUCCACAUCAGUUCCUCUCAGCAACUCAGCCCCAGACUCACCCCCGACCCUACAUCAGCCUUCCAUCUUGGCCUCUGCUACCAUCCCAUCCUGGACCCAGCUACCAGUCCCAGCCUCCACCUCUGGGUCAGCCACAACUUCCAUGUCAGAGCCUGGCCCAGUCCUGCUGACUCCCAACCCCGAGCUAGGCUGGAGAUGGCCAGACCUCGUGCCCCACAACAACGAGAAGAACUACCCCAAAGCAUGGCAGGAGAUGGAAGAGCGUGGCCUUCGGUGGUAUCAGAACUGGGAGGAGCAGUUUGAGGAGCAGCUCACCACCAAGCAAGAGGAAGCCUUCCGCAGCUACUUCGACAUUUUCGAUGGCCCGGAUGAGGUGGAUGCCGAGAGCCUGAAGCACAUCCUGUUCCUUAUGGGCUUCACCCUGACCCAGGCCCAGGUGGAGGAUGCCCUGAUGAGUGCUGAUGUCAACGGAGAUGGUCAUGUGGACUUCAAAGACUUCUUGGCUGUGAUGACAGAUACCAAGCGCUUCUUCUGCUCCGUGGAACACCAGGCCCCAAUGGACACAGCACCCCCGAACCCUCACACGCUGCUCUUUGAGAUCCUGUCUCUGCUGGUGGAGAUGUUGGCCCUACCGGAGACAGCCUUGGAGGAGAUCACGAACUACUACAAGAAGAAGCUGCAGGAAGGCACCUGCAAAGCUCGAGAGAUGGAGUCAGCCACAGGUCGGCUCCGGUCGAAGAAGAAGAUUUUGUACAAUCCCCAACAGGCAGACAGCUUUGAAGUCCCGGAACGAAGGGUGCUCAGGAUCCUGAGCCGGCUAAAGCAGCAGAACUAUGCUGCUAACCUGCAGAGCCCCUAUGCCCAGGUUCCCUGCAUCCCGCUCUGCCCUCGAAUGGACAAGAAGAUGGUCCGUCGGAAGCUGGGCAACCACUUCAUGCUGGGCCAGUGUGUCCCCACCAGCCUAGGCCCUGACCUCCGUAGCUUCUUAUUCCAGUCGGGACCCCAAGGAAGCAGGGAACACAGCUCUGACAGCAGAAAGUGGCUCAGCUCUGUGCCAGCCCGAACCCUCUGACCCUUGCGGGUCUUCACCCCGGUCAGUUCGAGGCCUGAGACAGCUGGGUUAUCAGACAGGGCCUGCUGCUGGAAUUUGCUUUUAUGGCCUGGUAAGCCAAUAAACACCAAGAACCUCAAGUCUCUAUGCCUGGUGCCAAGGAAGGCCUCAGUCCCUAAGGGCACUGGCUUUAGUGACCUACCUAGGGUUGGGGUUCCUGUGCACCUGGCUUUUGGAACAAAAUCUGUGUGCACUCUCAAAGCAAAGCUGGGUCCCUCCUCAGGUCAGCAUGUG